UUUACUUUACGCUGGGCUGUGAGGUCCUUAAGACAGUGCUGAACAAUAUUUCUGCUGCUAUUUUAAAUAAUCUGCUGCUGUAAAAAUACUUUUGGUCUUAUAGCCCUCAAAAGGUGAAAAUGACUUAGAGACAAAGUAUAGGCGCAGUAUGCUGGAUAUAGCCAUCCUACAGGAUCGAAUUGCUUUACAGUGUGAGUCUGUAAGAAAGAUCCAGUCUGAUAGAAUUGACCUGAGCACACGCAUGAGAGACAUGGAGCAGAAGCUGCAGCACGAGAGACAGGACCACAGGGACGUCAACUCUGCCCUUAGUCGCCAGUUCAAAACCAUGCAGACAGAGCUGACCAACAAGGUGAAGAGACUGGAGAAGGAGGUCAGCCAACUGAAUGAAGAACUUGCCCUGUGUCAGGAGGAACUGAGGAAAGAAAAAAGAGAGCGUGAGAAGAUGGAACGGGACAAGGACGCCACCAUCGCUGACCUCCUACACAAGCUGGACAACAUGGAAAUGCACUACGAGAAGGUCCUGCAUGAUACUCUGGACAGCCUGAGUUCCCAGCUGUCUGUGGCUCGACAGAAGUGGGAGGACAACAGCACAGCCCUUCAUCAAAAUUACAAGGGACUGCUCUCUGAAUUUGGCCUGAAUGCAGUGGACAUCUGAAAGAUAGGCUCCAUACCAAUGAAAGCAGCUGAUCUUAUCAGUGGGACACAUUUGUUUAAUGUGGUCUCUACAACUUGGUUCUAUUUGAUUUGAUUGUUGCAUCUGUGUUUGGCUCGAUUGAAAGCAGCGUCGGCGACAGCAUCAAUUUGCAACUCACAAUUUAGAGUGCCUAACACACAGAUGAAUGUUGCUAUUAUAUAAUAUUUCACCAUCAAGGGUACAAAAUAGGCUGAGUUAUCUAUGCAUGCAUUCAGCAGUUCACCGUGUAGUGUCUGUAAUGUUGUGUAAUGCCCACUAGAUGUAGCAAAUGACUGUUUAUAGUUGGGGAGAUGGUGGCCAGUAUUUAUUAGUUACCCAGGCGUUCUUAGGUUGUAUUUGUGUGUAUUUUGUAUUUGUAUAAACAGGUGAUAUACUUUUUGAGGCAAGAUAUUUUUUAAGAUGAAUAAAAGUAUGUGAGGAUAAGGAUUACACUAA